CAGGAGCCGCUAACGUGUUUUUCCAUUUUUUUUAUGGAGUAGUAUAUUUUUAUUAAGCCAUCAUUUUCUUAUCAAGUUGUUUUAAGGCCUAUAAAAAGGAAAAAUAUUGAUAAACACCUCUAAGGCUAUUUGGAUAGUUUAAAACCAAGUCAGUGGAGUGGAAUAGAGCGGAAUAAAAUAAAGUAGAAUGAAAUGAAAUAGAGUAGAUAUUUUAUGAUGGAACGGAACAAAUUUUUCAUUUGAUUGUUUGGAAAAUAAAUAGAAGGCAGUUUGAUGAUUGGUUGCAGUUAUUGUUAGGCCAAAAACUGCCUAGAAAUCAGUCCACGUUGAAGUGUGGCGCAGUUGAUCCCGUGAACAAUUAGCAUUAACCAAUCUUCCAAUUUCCCACUUCUUUCUUCUAUAUAAACACUAUCCAUUUUUCCGUUAUCAUAAACAAUCACUCCACACGAUGGCUUCAACUUCAACUUCAACCUCAACCACUACAUUAUAUUUGCUACAUUUUCUGUUAAUGUUUUCUUCAUUCCAUUGUCAAUUAACCUUUGCUUUCACUUCACAAGACUACCACGAGGCUCUUGAAAAAUCCAUUCUCUUCUUUGAAGGACAACGAUCUGGAAAAUUGCCAUCCAACCAGAAACAAACGUGGAGAGGAGAUUCUGGAUUAUCCGAUGGCUCUUCUUAUCAUGUGGACCUAGUUGGCGGUUAUUAUGAUGCUGGUGACAACGUUAAGUUUGGGUUACCAAUGGCAUUUACAACUACAUUAUUAGCAUGGAGUGUCCUUGAAUUUGGAAGCUCAAUGCAAGACCAAAUUGAAAAUGCUAGAACUGCCAUCCGGUGGAGCACGGAUUACCUUCUUAAGGCGGCCGUCACAACCCCCGACACAUUAUAUGUUCAAGUUGGAGAGGCUAACAUGGAUCACAAGUGUUGGGAAAGGCCAGAGGAUAUGGACACUCCACGCAAUGUGUAUAAGGUAUCAGAUCAAAACCCAGGUUCCGAUGUAGCGGCGGAGACGGCAGCUGCAUUGGCAGCUUCUUCAUUAGUAUUCACUGAUUCUGAUCCAACCUAUUCCUCCAAAUUGCUUCAAGCAGCCAUCAAUGUAUUCGAUUUUGCAAACCGUUACAGAGGCUCUUACAGUGACUCUCUUAAAUCUAUAGUCUGCCCAUUUUACUGUUCUUACUCUGGAUAUAAGGAUGAGUUACUUUGGGGUGCAUCAUGGAUUUAUAAAGCUUCUGGAAAUAACUCCUACAUGGAAUUCAUAGAAUCCAACGGUCACUUAUUAGGUGCUGAUGAUGACAGUAACUUUUUCAGUUGGGAUGACAAACGACCUGGGACUAAAAUACUACUUUCCAAGGAAUUUUUGGAGAAAAAUUCUGAAGAGUUUCAGUUAUACAAGGCACAUGCAGACAAUUACAUUUGUUCUCUAAUACCAGGAACUCCUGCUUUUCAGGCUCAAUUCACCCCAGGGGGUGUUCUGUAUAAACAGAGUGCAAGCAAUUUACAGUUUGUGACAUCUACAACCUUUCUUCUCUUAACAUAUGCCAAAUAUCUCAACCUAAACGGAGGUGCUGUCUCGUGUGGAACAUCAAAACUAACAGAACAGAAACUCAUAAAGUUAGCUAAAAGCCAAGUUGAUUACAUUUUGGGUGAUAAUCCAAAAAAAAUGUCUUAUAUGGUGGGUUUUGGAGAGAGGUAUCCAAAGAAUAUUCACCAUAGAGGUUCCUCUUUACCUUCCAUUCACGAACAUCCUCAGAAGAUUUCGUGUAACUAUGGGUAUCACUACAACAGUUUAGGUUCACCCAAUCCUAAUGUUCUUGUUGGAGCCAUUGUUGGUGGUCCUGAUAAGCAUGACAAUUUCUCUGAUGAUAGAAAUAAUUAUCAACAGUCGGAGCCAGCAACUUACAUUAAUGCACCUUUUGUUGGUGCUCUUGCUUUUUUUUCUGCUCAACCAACAAGUUAACAAUAGUCACAUAAAGCUAUGUUAAACUAUAAGAAUCUUGGUGAUAGAUAGAUUCAUUUAGUUUCUUUAGGUCCAAGUCAAUUAAGCUUGUAUUAGUAAUAGUCAACGUGUGGUUGGUUAGUAAAGAGUUAUUUUUGUCACAAGUUUGUGUGUUGCUCUACAUCUUAUUAGGAAAAUUAAAGUGGAAGUUUUUAUAGUACUA